AUGUCUAAGUCAUUAAUGCCCUUAGAAAUAUGGAUAAAAAUAUGGCUAUACAUGAACUUGGUCCUAAUAGGGACAAAAAGCGCGCGACCAAGAUUCGAUACAUCAACAGAUAUGGGAAAUGUUCUCGUCCCAGCAGACGCAGAGAUCGACUCGGUAAUUUACCGCUUACGCGCCACUGAUCAGGAUGUUGAUUUUCCUCUAGUAUUCGAAAUAACAGCAACAGUAACACCAGUGGUUAGGAUAGAAAAUUUACCUUGCACUCUCUACAACAAAGUUUGCCAAGCAAAUGUAAUUUUAACAAGACGCUUGACCGCUGGACGUCUUCACGAUUUCGCAGUCAGAGUACGAGACUCAAAAGGUGAUUCUAACUCGAUGCAGGCUACUAUUUCCGUGACGAAUGCAACUACACCACGCGAUAAAAUAUUUCCGCAUAUACCCGCGCUUAUUAUGGUUCCAGAGGAUGCCAAGCCUGGCAAGGAACUUGAUUAUAUUUUAGUUCGCUCGAACCCGUGGAUUGGAAAGCCUGUUUACAUUGAAUUGUGGCAACCCAAAGAAUUAUUCACCAUAAGACAGCGGCAAGAUUCUAGUAACACUAGAGGAGUUAUUACAUUGAUUGGAGAGCUGGAUUUUGAAACUCAGUCAAUGUACACUUUGACCAUAUAUGCUACGGAUCCAUACACAGAACGGCAAAGAGAUACAAGAAAUAUCGCAGGUCUACAUUUGAUAGUAAUUGUCCAGGAUGUCCAGGACGUGCCUCCAAUAUUUACUUUAGCUCCGCCUCUAACAAAAAUAAACAACACCGUCCAACCUGGCGACGUUAUUCUGAGGGUUCACGCGGAGGACGGUGACAAAGGAGUUCCCCGCGAAAUAACUUACGGCUUAGUGUCAGAGGGGAAUCCAUUCACGCCUUUUUUCAACGUCACUGAGUCAACCGGAGAAAUUAUUCUAGCUCGCCCGCUGGAGGAGCUCACGCAAAUAACGCACGUUGGUGCGCCAAUAGUAUUAAGCGUUGUUGCAGAAGAGAUUCGCAGGUCAACGGACGAACCACCGGCUCAGGCGACUGUUGUAGAAGUCGGGUUGCUACUCGGCGAACCGGGGAACAGUCCGCCGUACUUCGAGAAUGAUAAUUAUGUGGCCUGGAUGGAUGAAAAUGCCGAGCCAGGGUCCGCGAUUGUCUUCAAUGAUCCUUAUUUUACUAGAGUUAGGGACGGAGACAUCGGCAAGGCCGGUGUUUUUGCUUUAAAGUUGGAAAAUAAUAAUGGGACUUUUGAAAUCAACAUAAAUGACAACCCGCCGGAAUUCCAAGAAGAAUCCUACGAAAUAACAUUAUCAGAAAAUGAAACCGCGGGUACGCGAGUGAUUCAAGUCCAUGCGACAGACAAAGACACCGGGUCCUUCGGGAGGAUUCAGUACACGAGGAUAAUCGGGCCUGGCAAUGAAGCGUUUGUGAUAAACCCCGAUACGGGUGUGAUAACAGUAGCCAUGGGAACUUCAAUUUUAGACCGCGAAAUAACGCCCCAACUGAUGCUGACCGUCGAGGCUUGCGAUGAAGAUGGCAAAGGAUUAAGAGGAACUGUUCCUUUAAUUGUGAAUCUCUUAGAUGUCAAUGACAACGCUCCUGUUUUCGAAAAAGAUUCUUAUGAAUUUAUACUCAAUAGUGAUUUGACAAACUUUACUUCUUCAGCGAUAAUAAAAGCUUUUGAUGCUGACGCUGAGCCGCCAAAUAAUGUUGUAAAUUAUGAAAUAAUUCAUGGGAACUAUGACAAAAAAUUUUAUCUAGAUGAAAAUACGGGAGAAUUAUUUUUACGCGAACAAAUUACUAAAGUUAGAAAUGCUCGGCAUAAUUCUGACCAAAAAAUUUCCACAAAUUACCGAAAAAAUUUGAUAAAGUCCCAAAAUAAUUUUAUAAAUUCAACAUUAAGCCCCGGAAAUAUCUCAGAGAAAAAUGAAACGAUAAAUCAAAAAAUUUUAAGAAAAAAACGUGAAGAUAAAAACAUUGUUUUUACUUUAACUGCUCGAGCCUACGAUUUGGGCGUCCCCCAUUUAUCAAGUACAACCCAAAUAAAUAUUAUCCAGCUUCCUUUAGCCGGAGUUACGACAAUAAUGCUUUUAGUACCGGGAGAAAAUCCUGACCGGGAGAAAACAAUAAAAACAUUGGAAACAAUCACUGGAGGGAAGAUUACAAUCAAGGAUAUUCGUCCUUAUACUUUAGAAAAUUUACCGAAGGAUUAUGGGAAUAAUUUGCCGACUCCUGACGGCAAAAAGAGUAUCGUAGUAGCCCAAGUGGAGCAAAAAAGUCCUGGAGGAUCAUUUGUGGACAUUGAAAAAAUUUUGGCAGCACUUACUGCUAAUGGGUUUGGAAUUAUUGGGGGUGAUAUGACGCCUGGAAAUGGUACUAGUAAUCCUAAAGACAACGAGGGUGGGAAAAAUGGGAGUAUCACUACAAUUCAUAACGAAGAAGUAAUUGUCUACAGAGCCGAGAACAAAUUAUUAUUCUGGCUACUGAUAAUUUUAGGACUAAUCCUCUUAGCAGCAAUUAUCACUUUAAUAGUCUGCUGCAUAUGUCCAGGGUGUUUAUUAUACAUGGCGCCUCGAAAAAGGCGAAUUCACUCAUCUGAAACGCUUAUCGCCCGAGCAGACAAUAGACCUAGGCGCCACCUUCAUCGUCAACAUCAUCACCCACAAUUAGAAAGUGUUUGGGUGGAAAAGAAACAAGCCUGGAGUGCAGAUCCAACCCGCCCAAACUGGCAGUUCAACCGCCGAAACACUAAUAACUUCGGGAUAGCUUCCCUCCCCGGAGACGUGGUCCGCCUAGAUCGUGAUCGUGACCACCCUCUAAAAGCCAGCUCGCUUCAAUUGCACGAUCCGCCAGUGCCCGUUUACUUGAUCGACGCCAACAGGACAGGCGACGAGCGGAUUUUCGUAGAAGACAUUGCCAUUGAAGCCAGAGCCAAAGGUCACCACGAAUUGAAUGAAGCGGCUCUUCGUCACGAAUUCGAGCGAGAUUCCGAUCUAGCACGGCAAGCCGUGCCCCAUUACAUGCCCCAAAUUCCCCGAGAGUCACACUUUUAUCGGAAUGGCAACGCAGAAGUCAUGAGACUUGUUUCUCGCGAGGACGCUAAUCACGUCACAGUAGAACGACGAGUUCCUGAGAUAGUCAUUGAUCAGUCGACUCUGCAUAGAGUUGACGGGAAGGAUAUCCUCCUCAGGAGGUUCAUUGAGGACCAGAAAUUGAGAGAGCAUGAGUAUCAUGACAUGCAGGAGUUAGAAAGACAAAGCAUGGAGUCCCACAAGAGGCAGAAGGAAGCUUCCAUGCAGCAGAAACAGGAAAUUCUGCUGAUACCAGAACGUCUGAAUAUGUCAGAAGAUCACCGACAUAUUGAAGAAGUUGGUCCUGAUGUUCAGCGGCUGAUUAUUGACCAUGGUCCUGAUAUCAAAGAGAAUCAGGAGGUUCUGAGCAACAUACUGAUCCAUGGAUCGACGUCCAAAAUUUCUGACCAGGAACAUUCGAAGCAGAACCUUCAACACCUUCAACACUCGAUUCAUGAUUUAGAAUUAGCUCGGCAAAACGCUCUGCUAACCAGGCUGCUCUUGGAGAAGGAUCGAGGAGUUGGAGGUCUGCUAGUGGACUCAGGAAGCUACUUAGAGACCCAAAGCUUGCCUGGACAAGUAGCAGCUGGGACUCAGACGAAUCAGACCACUGCUACUCAGACGGAACAAUUGAACCGCAGCAGAAGUGAUAAUGAGUCGGAGGAUGAUAGCAGAUUGAGGAGGAAGCGGUCGAAGAAGCGAUAUGAUGAGCCGAAGAGGAUCAGGACUUUGUGGAUGAGGUCCCCGAUUCGUGAAGAGGAUCAGUAUCCUGAGAAACAUGGGACUUUUCUGAGGAAGAAGAUCAAGGAUAUCAAAGACGGGAGGAAGAGUUCUAUUGAGCAGGAGGUUCUAAGGGAGAUUUCUGAUUCUUUGGAUGAAACGGGAGAUAAGGAAACUCUUCUGAGUAGGAGGCUUUUCGGUAGUUCUUCAAGGGAUGAUGAAGUGAUGGUUCGUCGUGAUGAUUCCUCGUCGAUGGAAGUUCUGAAGGAUGAGUUUACGAGGGUUAGGGAGUGUGAUAAGAGAGAGGAUGAUAAGAAGAAAAGGGAGAGUGGAAAGAAAGAGAGCAAGCGGGACAAAAAGACGGAGCCGAGUUUUAGAAUCUUAGAGAGGGAAAUGAGCUCGUUGAGUAAAAAGCUAUCAAAAUUGGCGGGGAAAACGCUGAAGUGCAAAGAUAGUAAUCAGGAGAGUGAUAAAUUUUUAACGAAUGAUUCUCAGGACAAAGAGGCUGAUACGAGCACGGAGUUUAAAAGCGAUGAAAGAGGAAGGGAAAAAAUGGACAAGAUUGAAAUUAUCAAGUCGAGAUCUAGAUCUACUCAAAGAGUUACUAAGUCUACGUCAUUAAAAAUUCCUAAAGAUACUGAAAAAGCUGAGAAGAGUAAGAGUAAGUAUCGGAAGAAUCAGGUUUUGAGUACUGGUAGUUCGGAAAUUGAAGAAAUUGUGGAUAAGCCGAAGAAAAAGCAAACUGUUGCUAAGAAAUCUGAUGAGGAUAAAUUUAAGUUUUUGGUUGGGAAAACUAUAAAAUCGAGGCUGAAACGACAGGCGAAUGUUGAAGAUGAUAAAAAAGCCAGUCCUUAUAGGGCUACAGUUGAAAAACAGAAGAAGACUUUGGUGAAGCAGUUGAAGAAAGUGGAGGGGAAGAGUAAGAAAGGUACUAGUGAUUCUAGUCAUGGUAAAGAAGUUGGCAAAUCGACUGAAGGGAGCGAUUCCAAAGAGUCUGAUAGGGAUUGCAAUAAGUUGAGAGGAAGUUUGAUGAAACAGUCCAGUUCCAGUGCUGUGUCCAAGGAAUCGAGGAAAGACGCUAAAGAAAAAGCUUCGAUGAUUGAACCGAAAAUGAAGUCUAAAGAAAAGUCUAGUCAUAUUCUUCCUUCGGGACGUGAAAGUGAUUUUAGGGGUCGAGGAACUAAAAGUACAGACAGUGAGUCGCUUAAAUCGGAUAAAUCGUUUCGAAAACAAAGUGCUGGAUCUUCGAAAAAGUCUAGUGUGAUAACUAGUCCUGAACUUGGGAGGUUUGAAGAAUUAGAAGAAGAACAUGGUAAAAAUCAUGGUAAAGGCGUUGAAGAGGUUAAAGAUGUAGUUAUGGAGCAUGUUGAUGGUUUGAAGAAAGAAAUUGUGGAAAUAAAGGAAACUAUACAGACUGAAAUGAUGGAAAAAAUGAUGGAUAAGUCAGAAAAGGUUGAAAAAGGAGAACACGUUUUGGUAAAGUCUUCUGUUGAAUCUCCUGCAAAAUUGAUUACUAAAGAAUAUGAUGCUCUUGAAAAAGAAGAAAAAGAUCGGAGUAAGGAAUCAGUUUUUUUGAUGUCGGAAAAAAUGAUGGAUAAGUCAGAAAAGGUUGAAAAAGUAGAAGAACACGUUUUGGUAAAGUCUUCUGUUGAAUCUCCUGCAAAAUUGGUUACUAAAGAAGAUAAUACUGCUGAAAAAGACGAAGAUCAGAGUAAGGAUUCAGUUUUGUCGAUGGAAAAAGUGAUUGAAAAUACAAAAGAAAGACUUGAACAUAAAGGAACUACGACUAUUAUCAAACAUGUGGAUAGUAUAAAGGAAACUGUUCAAAAAGUAGCUGAUAAAAUGAAUGUUGAUGUUAUUGAGAAAGUAAAAGACUUUGUCGACUCUAAUAAAGGAUCCCCGGAGCAUGAUUCACAAACAAAGGAAGUACUUAUUGAUCGUUCGGGUAGUAGUAAAGGAGGUUCGCCGAAAAAAGUAGAAGAAAGUAGUAUAUCCAUUGAAGAAUUGGAAAAAAAUGACGAGGAUAAAACAAAAGAUGAAGAUAAGCCGUUAAAUGUUGAUGUUUUGGAAGAAACUGAUGGAAAACAGUUGGUUGAGAGUGAUAAGCAAGAACAGAAUAGCGAAGUUGAGGUAGUUAAAGACGAACAAGAAAAAAAAUUGGAUGAAAGUGAAGAAUUGAAAGAAUUAGGAAACUUGGAAUUAACUAAAGUUGAUCAAUCUAAGCGAGAGGACGAACUGGCUUUGGGUAAAGUUGAAGAAAAACCAGACGCUGAAUUACAAAUCAAUAAUAGUAAAGCUGGGGAAGAAAUAAAGACUGAAGAUUCGAGUGGUAUAGCUUUGACGGCUCCUAAAAUAAUUAUGAUUGCGCCGACUAUUGAAUUUGAGGUUCCCAAAGAAGAUUUUAUUAAGCCUGAUGAUUCAAUGGAGUCAAAAAUUGUAAUUAAUGAUGUAGAUAAAGAUAAUGAAGCUUCAAAUUUAGUUAAAGUCCCAGAAAUAAGCGACCAAACUGCAAGUUCUGACAAAUUAUUGCAAGAAUCAAAGGAAAAGUUAGAAGCUAUGGCUCAAAAAGAUUCCAAAUCUGAAGAUUCAAGCGUCGAUGAUCAAAAAACUGAUACUUCAAGCAAGAGUAAAACUUCUCUAUUGCAAGUUGAAGAAUCUUUGUCACCUGUAGGCCAAAGCAGUCGUCGUUCUUCACAAGUGGUGAUUUCUCGAGAAACUUCAUUUUUAAACUCUCCUAAAAGAUUGUCUAUAGAUGAUGGAAAGGUGGAUGAUAAGCAAGAUCCCUCGCAAGAAGCAGUUCCAGAGCCAGAAAUUUCAAAGCCAGAAAUUCCAGUUGCUGAUAAGCAGCCCGAGUUUCCUAGCCACGAUAAUACAUUACUGGCAAGUGAACAACCCCAAUCGAUUGAGGGUGCGACGGAACAGCUGGAAUCUAGCUUACCUUUUGAGGACAAUGACAAGCAUGAGCAUUCAGACUCGACAUUAGAUGCAUUAGACGAGGACAGUGAUGUGUCCAGCGAAUCUUCAACCAAAACGGCAUUUAUCGCCCGUCCUUAUGGAACUCCUCGUCAUCGGCGCUUGGUAAGAAUGGACCAGGUUGAUGGUGAUGGGAACCAGCUUUCUGAAAAAAAAAUAGAAUCAGCGGAGCUUGAUAAUGAAGAAAUAUUGGAAGUGUCUUUGGAGCAGAAUCAAAUGAUUGGUAGAACUGUUGGUGAAGAUAAGCAAAAAGAAGACGAAGAAUUGGUGGAAAAAGUAGAAAAAGUUACGGAAAAACUUGUUGAAGCUAAAGAAGAAGUUACUAAUGAAUUGAAAGCUUCGAAAGGAAAUUUUGAUGGUAAAGAAGAGAUAGUUGAAGAGGUGAAGGAUUCUAAGGAUUAUAAGGGAGUUUCAAGUACUUUAGAAGCAAGUGGAAGUAAAUCGGUUAAAAGGCCGGAAGUUAAGCCUGAUGAUUUGAAACCGCAAGAGGAGCCAGAAAAGCUGGAAUCAAUAAAAGACAGAGGAGAGGAGACUAGCAAAAGGUUGCUGGUGAAAGGAGAGAUGAAAAGUGAUGGGUUGAAAGUACUUAAUACGACUUUGGAAGAUGCUAAGCCAAAUCAAGUGAUGAAGCGGAAACCUGUGGCCAAAAAUCUGGAUGAUAAGGGAAAAACUCAAGUUUCUAAGCAGAAAGCUAAGACUGUUGUUAAAAUAAUACCGCUGUCAAAAGGGUCGAGUGUUAAGUUGCCGCAGAAGGAGAAACUAAUAAGAGUUAAGGAUAAAGGUGAAUUGGUGAAGCCAUCUGUAGAGAAAAUGUCUGUAGAUAAAAAAAUCAGGAUUAAAGAGAGUAAACGGAUGUCUAAAAGUGAAGAAUUUAAAUCUCCGGUAGAGUCUAAGGAGAAAUUGGUCGUUAAUCGAGUGAAGCGGCAGAAACGAGUGGAGCAUGACAAAACUGUCCAACCGGAAAUAUUAGAUGAUAAAAAGAGUAAUAAAGUUUUUAAUGAAAGUAAAGUAAAGGAGAAAAGUGAAGAUAAAGAGGUGGAGAAGAAAAAUAGAGAUAAAAUUGAGAAAGUCUUGGAGAAAGAAUCUUUGAAAGAGCAGCAAAAUUUAACGAAAGAAGAAAUAGCUGGCUUAGAAAAAAGUGGUGAUGUUAAGAUGAAGCCUUUAGUUGAAGUUUUUGUUCAAAAGGAUGAAGAAAAUGCGAAGAAAAGUAAAGAAAUUGAGAUGAAAAAUAAAGAUACUUUGAAAGAAGAGUCAAUUGUUGAGAAAAAUGGUAAGAAUGAUGGUAUUAAAGAAGAAAAAGUAGUCAUGAAAGAAGUAGACAAAGAAGUACAAGUUAAAGUAAUUGAUGAGCCAGUACGUGGUAUGAUUAAGGAGGCUUCAAAAAUAGAUCAAGUUGCAAAAGAUGAAGGAGUUAUGACAACUAUAGAAGAGAAAAAAGAAGAAAUAUUAACUGAAUCUUCAGAAAAGAGCGAAUUAAGUUCUGAAGGGAUGAAAGAAGAGUCCAAAUUGCCUUCUCAUGAUCAAAAACAAAGAGACAGGUCUCUGAGUCCAAGCAAAGUGAGUAAAUACGCUAAAGAAGAUUACACCGAAGCCCAAUCGCGUUACAUGGAGUGGUACAAGCAAAAUCGCGAAGAAGCCGAGCGCCGGAAGCUGGAAAAAAAGGAGGGAGAGGAAGAAGAUCAGCCGCCAAAAUGGCUGAGGAAAAGUACGCGUCAGAGGUGGCUCAAAAUGAGUCCAGAGGACAGGAAGUUUUUUGAAGUGAGGACUCCGGAGGUGACGCCGUUGACUCGUCGAAGGAUCAAGCCUCUGGUGAACAUAGAGUCGGAACAACUGAAGGCGAUUGUUCGGCAGGGAAGAAAACUCCGCAGAGCUGAAGGGGAGAAGAAUCUUGAUCCUCCUAUAGAAAUAUUUGUCCCCGAAAAACCUCCAGUUCUUCAACAACAGCAGCAGCAACAACAACCAAAGUACCAUUACCUUCUCCAGCAUUCGGAGUAUCAGUACCAACGUAUGCCGCCGCCAUUUUACCUUCACCCACCACCAGUUCCUCAUCCGACGCCGCAGAUCUCGCCACAGCGGUUUGAAGCUUGUCCGGAGGCAUUUUCUGCGAAUUUAGAGCCUCAUCUUCAUGAACCAGUGUCUGGAGUUGGAUCUUCUUUGCAGACUGGAACGAGAUUGCGGCAUCAACAGCUUCUUGAGAAGAAAAAGUUAAAACCUCAUUCCAAGACCUAG